UUUAAAUUUUAUUCCCAAUUCAAAGCUUGUUCGUACAUGCUUGGAAACCUUAAGCUUUGCAUUACCAACAGCUUUAUAUUUUGAUUUCAAAGCUCAAUAUUUCUUGUUUCAAUAUAGUAACAAAGAAGAAUUUAGGGAUAUAUUAAGAGGCUCAGAAUGGGAAAAUUUUAUUAUUAUUUUACUAUCAUUUUUCCGCUUGAAAGGUCAAGAUGCAAUUGACCAGGAAUCCCUUAUAGAACUUGACAAGAGUGAUUGGAAUUUUCUUUCAUCGACCUUUAAACAUUCUAGAUUCAAUUUCAACAACCAUCUUCAGUGUAUUCAACCUUCAGCGAUAGUAGAAAAUGAUGUAAUGAUUAAUUCGUUUAAAAAUUCACAGAGACUUUACGAAGCUUUUUAUACAUAUUAUUGUCAAUUAGAAAAUAGAUAUUCAACAUUUUUACCUUCUAUUCUCAUUUCUCUUCAUUUGGUUUAUCAAGAUUUGAAGUUAAAUUAUACAUCUCAUCAAUAUAUUAAUGAACUUAUUCCGCUGUUGAUGCAGCUAGCUAAAUUCAUAAAAUGGGAUACUUAUGUAGAUUAUUAUAAGCGAAAUUAUGGAAUGAAUCAAUUGAAACUUAUAGAAGCUGUGAUCAUAGAAUCGGUGUUAAAUCCCGACCAUCCCUUUUUUUUUCCACCUGACAUUAAUCAAUGGAUCUUAAAGUGCAUUAAAAAACCAACGGAAGCGAAGGCAUCUUUUCCAACACCUUUGAAUAUUAGUCAAAUUUUUUCUAUCCCAGAAUUAAAUGAAAAUUUGGUUCAUGAUUUUGAUUGUUGUCAGAGAACUCGACAAGUGUGUGCUAUUUAUCACAAAUUAAUUAAUGAGGGGGAAAAGUCAAUGAUUCUUGAAAUAGUGAACAUAGGUUAUACUAUUAAUGAUAUUGAAGCAUUACCGUGCGGUCUUGCGCUUCCUUUACGUGAAGCUAUAAGGAAGUGCCAAGAGGAUCCUCCAAGCGAUUGGCCUGGGGAAGCCUAUAUACUUGUUGGUCGAGAAGAUUUAGCUGAAUUAUCAUUUGGAAUGCCGAUUGGUUAUAUACAUGCCCGUGGUAACAGAAUGGAAACGAAAACAAAAAAUAUUAUGCAAAUUGUUGAAUCGACAAUACCUCCGAUUUCACCACAAGAUCAGAAUGAAGAUAUUAAUGGAACAGAGAUAUCAAAUCAUGAAAUAACAGAUCUAAGGUUUGGCAAUGAUAAAAGAUUGUUAGAAGUACAAAAACUUUUACAAUCUUGUAAUACUAUCAGAGUUGACAUUCCUACAGUAGAUUUAAGCCAGAAUGACGAAAAUUCACCACAGAUACUUGAACGUGUUCAAAUUCAAUGUUUGAAAAAUUUUUCGCAUCCAGUUGGCCGUGCAGUCUUAACUUAUAGCACUGUUACACCAAUAGCCACGGAACCUUUUCCGAUUCCUGGAUUAAGUUUGGCAAUCAAAGUAUUGCCUUUCAACACUCUUGUUCAAGCUGAGCGGGCACUUCGACUACCAGAGUCUGCAGAAUGGCCAGAAUUUCAUGAUGGCGUAGCAUCGGGUUUACGAAUUCCUUCAACCAUUGACAUCGAAGGGUCAUGGAUUUCUCUUAACAAGCCCAAGGAAUUAACAAAUAGCCAUGCUGGAUUUCUUUUGGGAUUAGGAUUGAAUGGUCAUUUGAAGUCUAUGGCAACAUGGCAAGCAGUCGAAUAUUUGAUGAAGACGCCCAAGCAUGAUAUUACAACCAUUGCUUUAGUACUUGGCCUACCAGCUUCUUAUAUUGGAACGAUGAAUGCAGAAAUUAUGAAAUUUAUAGCUGUACAUGUUACUGCUAUGUUCCCACCAAAAUCUACUAGUUUGAAUGUAUCACCUUUAAUUCAAACAGCGUCUAUUCUUGGCUGUGGAUUACUCUAUAUGGGAACAUGUGAUCGAUAUAUGUCUCAGGUCAUGUUAUCUGAAAUUUCGACCAAAGCUUUAAAAAUGUCAGAUAGUUCUGAAACUGAUUUUACAGAAGGUUACUCACUUGCAGCUGGAUUAGCACUUGGAUUCAUAAAUUUGGGUCAAGGUGAUAAUACGCGUGCGUCUAUUGACCUUGAUUUGCUCAAAGAAUUGAGAUUAUAUAUCUCUGGUGAUAAAUACACAACAAAAAAAUUAUCAACAUCAACGCAUAAUACGAAUGUUAGGUCUGAUAACAUUAACAUUAACAUUACAUCACCAGGAGCGACGAUAGCUCUUGGAUUAUUAUAUUUGAAAACCAAUAAUGUUAGUAUUGCAAACAAAAUUCCUAUUCCUGAAACCGAGUUUUUUUUGGAUUAUGUACGACCAGAUUUUCUUUUGAUCCGGACACUUGCAAGAAAUUUGAUAAUGUGGGAUAGUAUUCAAUCUACAAAAGAAUGGGUUGAAAGUCAUGUACCUCAAUAUAUAAAAUCAAAGUUAACACCUAAUCCUGAUAUUAAUUAUGAAAACAUUGAAUCUAUUAAGAGAUCAUAUUAUUAUAUAUUAUCAGGAGCUUGUUUCAGUAUGGCACUUAAAUAUGCUGGAUCUGAUGAUAAAAAGGCCCUUAGAUGUUUACUUUCUUAUCUUGAUUUAUUUAUUGGAUUAGAGAGUACAAGAACAAGAGCAUCAACGUUUGAUGAAAAUAUUACAAUGUCGGCUAUCAAAUCUUGUUUGAACGUUUUAUCUACGAGCGUUUCAAUAGUUGCUGCAGGUAGCGGAAAUUUAGAAGUUUUACGAAGAAUACGUAAACUUCAUCGACAAGAAGUUGAUACCAGUAAUUCAAGCACUAUUUCACAUUCAUAUGGAACACAUAUGGUAACGAGUAUGGCAUUAGGAUUCUUAUUUCUUGGAGGAGGAAAUUUUACACUUUCAACGUCUAAUAAAGCGAUAGCAGGAUUAGUUUGUGCAUUAUUUCCAAGAUAUCCAAUUGAGCCAUAUGAUAAUAGGGCACAUUUGCAAGCUUUUAGACAUUUAUGGGUAUUGGCUGUUGAACCAAGAUGUUUAAUUUUAAGGGAUAUUGAGACCAGGGAAGCUUGUCACGUUCCUGUAAAACUUUUAUUUAAAGAUUAUUAUAAUGCUAUAAAAGUAAUAAGAGAUGAUGGUAGAAAAGAAAUUUUAGUUGAUAGUAAAAACAAAGUAAUAGUUGCACCUUGUUUGUUACCUGAAUCAAAUUUUAUUCAAACAAUUGAAAUUGAUAGUCCAAGAUAUUGGCCUAUAAGAUUGGAAUUUGGAAAAAAUUUAGAAUUUGAUCGCAAAUUUUGGAAAGAUCCAACUAUAUAUACAAAAAGAAAGAUUGGACAUCUAACAAUUUUUUCAUCUGAUCCGCAAGUACAAGCAUUUACACGAUACCUUUGUGAAGAUUUUAAUGCUAAUGAUGAUGGACAAGCAUUAUCAGCAUUUUGUACAGGAAUCCUUUCAGAAUGCUUGAAUGAAGAUAAAGUGGAGGCGAUUCAAAUUUAUCAAAAGCUUUAUCAAAUUCAACAAGACAUAGAGGGAAUUAAUGAAAUGGAUUUAUGGAAUGUUAUGUUAGUUCUUGAGUAUUAUGAAAACAUACCAGAAAUAAUAUAUCGCAAUGAGGAUAAUGCAGAACAUCAAAAAAAUAAGGGUCGAUUAACUGAGAAGAUGCUUAUUAAGAAAGAAUUUAUAGCAUCUUUAAGGCUUUUAAUGGAGAGAUAUUUCGAAAUUUCUUUUGAUACUUUUAUAUUUUUUCUAUCUCAAUAUUCAUCGACAUCAAGCACAACCGACACAAAUACCAGUCAAGUACGAAGAUAUUUUUCAAAAAUUUUAUAUUCCUAUUUUACGAAUACAGAAUUUCCACCUGCUGAACAACUUGGAGGGGAAGAGAGUAAAAGGAAGUUAUUGCAAUAUUUGGCGACAUGGCUUAUCUAUCAUGAGAUACCAGAUAAACAUAUAUUAUUAGAUUCUUUGAAAUAUAUUAGAGAAUUAAGGGAAAAAUUAAGCAUGGAAAUGAUACAAGGUGAAAUAACAAAAGAUGAUGUAGUAUUUCAAAUACUUUCAACGUUUUGGCCGAACCUUUCUAUAAAUACAUUAAAGAUUAUACAAUAUUGUUUGAACUAA